AUGGCAGAUGAUUUAGAUGAUGAUGGCUUGAAUAAUUGCACGGUUGAUGAGAGAUAUGAGUUGCCUCAGCACACUGAUCAACAGAUUGAGCAAAAUGAGCCUAAAAUUGGGAUGGAGUUUAAUGAUCCAGAUGAAUUGUUUGAGUUCUACAAAGACUAUGCAAAGAGCAGAGGAUUUCCAGUUAAGAAACAUACAAGAAGGAAGAAUGUAAUAGGCAUUGUUAGAAGUAUAACUUUAGUAUGUGGUCGAGCUGGCAAACAUAAUAGUACUUGUCAAAAUCCCUUAAAACCACAAGCAAGCUACAGAGUUGGGUGUAAUGCAAAGAUAACAGCUAGGUUAAAUUUGGACGGUAGAUGGGAAAUAUCUGUGGUUGUUCUGGAGCAUAAUCAUGGCCUUAGCCCUACUAAAAGUCGUUUCUUUCGAUGCAACCGAAGAAUUAGUGCACAUGUUAGACAUCAAAUUAAUUUGAAUGAUCAAGCCGGGAUCAAACUCAACAAAAAUUUUAGCUCACUAGUACAUGAGGCCGGUGGAUAUGAGAAUAUGUUGUGUGAUGAAAAGGCUUGCAGGAACUUGGUUGAUGAAUCAAGGCGUUUGCAUCUCGGCGAAGAUGGUAGGAGCAGAGAAGCUUACAAAGAGUUUGGUGAGGUCGUCACUUUUGAUACCACAUACUUAACAAAUAAGUAUGAUAUGCCAUUUUCACCAUUUGUUGGCGUUAACCAUCAUGGGCAAUCAAUUUUACUUGGAUGUGGGUUGAUUUCAAAAGAAUACACAGAGACUUUCAUAUGGCUAUUUACGAAGUGGGUUGAAUGCAUGGAUGGAUGUGCUCCGCAAGGGAUAAUAACUGACCAAGCAAGAGCCAUGAAAAAAUACAAUUGA